AUACUUUUUUGAAUGCGUGCGGAGGUUGAUGACUUUUGCCGGUUUGCCGCGUCUGUAAUCAGAAUCUUUAAUUUUCACACGAUUAGUUCAACUUUUCUAAAAUGAGUCAUCGUAAGUUUAGAGCACCUAGGCACGGUUCCCUUGGAUUCCUCCCUAGGAAGCGAUGCGCCCGCCACAGGGGUAAAGUGAAGACCUUCCCCAAGGACGAUAAGACCAAGCCAUGCCAUUUGACUGCCUUCAUGGGACACAAAGCUGGUAUGACUCACAUCCUUCGUGAGGUCGACAGAGUCGGAUCCAGGUCUCACAAGAAAGAGGUUGUUGAAGCUGUCACCAUCAUCGAGACACCCCCAAUGAUCGCUGUCGGAGUUGUUGGAUACAUGGAGACCCCCCGUGGACUCCGAUCCUUCAAGACCGUCUUCGCUCAACACAUCAGUGAUGAGUGCAAGAGGCGAUUCUACAAGAACUGGUACAGAUGCAAAAAGAAGGCACACACCCGAACUGGCCAGAAGUGGGCUGAUGAGGAUGGAAAGAAGAGCAUUGAUGCCGACUUCGAUAAGAUGACCAAGUACUGCGUCGCAAUCCGUGUUCUCUGCCACACCCAGCCUAAACUUUUCAAGCUGCAGGAGAAGAAAGCCAACAUCAUGGAGAUCCAGAUCAACGGUGGAGAAAUGGCCGAUAAGGUCGCAUUCGCCCGAUCUCUCCUGGAGAAGCCCAUCAGCGUCAAAGAUCUCUUCGCUCAGAACGAGCUGAUCGAUGUUAUUGGAGUCACCAGAGGUCACGGAUACAACGGUGUAACGUUCAGAUGGGGAACCAAGAAACUGCCCAGGAAGACUCACAAAGGUCUGAGGAAGGUCGCCUGUAUUGGAGCUUGGCAUCCAUCUCGAGUGUGUUUCUCUGUACCAAGAGCUGGUCAAUACGGAUACCAUCACAGGACUGAAGUCAACAAGAAGGUUUACCGUGUUGGAGUUAAGGGAGAUCCCAACAGUGCCUCCACCGCUUUCGAUCUUACUGACAAGCCCAUCACACCAAUGGGAGGUUUCAGUCACUACGGUCAGAUCAACGAAGAUUUCCUCAUGAUCAAGGGAAACGUUGUUGGACCCAGGAAGAGGCUGCUUACCCUCAGAAAAUCUCUCCUCGUCCACACCAAACGUGUUGCUCUCGAGAAAAUCAACCUCAAAUACAUCGAUACCGCCUCCAAAUGGGGACAUGGUAGAUUCCAGACUGACGCAGAGAAGAAAGCAUUCCAAGGCUUACUCAAAAAAGAUAGAGAAGCUAUGGAAUAAAUUUAUUCUUAAGUUUUUUUUAUUUAUUGA